GUUGCCAAAAAAUUAGAGGAAUCUUUCAGAAAUGUAUUAUCAAAUCACCUAAGUGUACAAACAUUACCAUUGCUCUGUGAAUAUCAAAGUUAUAUCGAAUUUAAUGCAGACAAUGGAGAGCUCUCAUUGGAUAUAGAAGUCUUUUCAACCUACUUUUUAGAUUUAUUAGAAGAGAUGAAAAUGGCAAAAAAAAAAGAUCAGAUGAAGAAAAUUGUCAAAAUGAUGCAAUACUUAGAAGAUUUUUUUGCAUAUGAAGAUUCAUUGA